ACCUUGGAUUUUAUCACCUCUAAAAUUAUAUUUCUAAAUGUGAAUGAUAGGUGAAAAGGUUAUUAAAUAAGAAAUUUGAAAACUGUAAUCGUAAAGAAACGACUAUGGGUAAUAAAAUGUGUUCAGAAUUAGCAUUGGCUACUUGCGUCAAUAUCGCGUGGAUAUCCUCAUCUGUAUUGGUCAUAAAUGCCAUGAAUCACGCAUGGUUGAUAUUUGAAAACUAACCUUUACAGACGUAUUUCUAGGAAAGAAAUAUAUAGGAUACAUAACAUAUAUCAAGAAUAGACAAGUACUCCUAUUUAUAAACUUCUUACGUAUCCUUCUUACGUAUCCUUCUUACGCAUUCUUUUUACUUGUUUUAUAGGGAAACCAAUUCCAUACAACACAGAACAAAUCUAACCAACGAAAUCAUUUUGAAACUUAGUUUUAUUAAUAUGAUAGAUUCUUUGAUGUAUAUGUUGAAAGAUCUAGAGGAUGAUUUUAAUUUUGAAAAUUUUCGUGCAAUGUGUUCAUUAGUUUUUAAGGAUGAUGAUAUUCGAAAAGAUGAAUGGAGGAUUCGAGAGAUUUUCGACUUAUUUGAUUUAGAUAAAGACGGCGUGUUGAAGGAAGAAGAAUUAACGAGAUUUGGUGAAUGGACACAAAAAUUAAGCAUGCCUAAAACCGCUUUUUUAAUAGUAGACGUUCAAAAUGAUUUUAUCGAUGGGUCUUUGUCUCUUCGUACUUGCGAAGCCAAACAGGAUGGAGUUGAUGUGGUGGAGCCAAUUAAUAAUUUGUUGAAAAAUGGAUCUUUCAAUAAAAUUAUUUAUUCGUUAGAUUGGCAUCCGGAAAAUCAUAUCAGCUUUUAUGAAAACUUACAUUUACGGGAAUUAUGUCCUAAUUCAAAGGUGAAAAAAGAAGAUGCUAAGUUAUUUGAUACAGUCAUAUUUGCGGAUCCUUAUCUGGAACAGAUUCUUUGGCCUAAACAUUGUGUGAUGAACACAUGGGGAGCAGAAUUACACAAAGAUCUUGUGAUUGCACCAGGUUCCAUACAGAUACGUAAGGGUCAAAACCCGGAUAUGGAAGCUUAUUCCGCAUUUUUCGAUAAUAAUUUUAAGGGAUCAAUGGAAUUGCACGCAAUUUUAAAAAAAGAGGGUGUGGACUAUGUUUUCGUAUGUGGUCUCGCUUACGACAUUUGUGUAAAAUCCACAUGUUUAGACGGUCUUCGGUUAGGCUAUGCGAUAGCUAUAGUCGACGACUGUUGUUGUGGUGUUAGAGAAUCUGAUACUGAAGAGACUAAAAAAUUAAUUCUUGAGAAUGGAGGUCUGAUUACUAACAGUGACGACGUUAUUGCAAUGACAAAUGAAGGAAAAAAAAGCCUCGUCCUGGCCCACAAAAUUGCAAAGUCUAUGACUUCGAUUGAAAAUUCUAUAGAACCGGAAAGAUAACAUUUUAUAAUUGACUGAUAAAAGCACGGGUUGUUUCGGAAACAAGGAAAUUUUGUUUCAUACGAGCUUGAUUAAUCAUUCCUAAUUUAUUGUACUUACAUAAUUUGUAUUAUUUAUAAUAUUAGUUGAACUUAAUGUACCAAUGUACAAAGAGAAACGGUGGAUGGUUAUAAAAAUGUAUGUACUUAAGAUAUGU